CCCAGGCAACAGCUCUACCGCGGCCAUUGUUAACUUGAGUUGCACACUGCCUUUUCUCUUGCAAAGUGAAUCAACUUGCUUUGACGACGUGCGACCCUUCUCUGUCGAUACUUCUGUCUCUGGUCAUUCCUCAUGGUCUCUACGCCCUCCACAGUCGUAGAUCACAGUGAAGAGUUCGAUUUCUGUUAGUGUUCUAAUUUACAAGCUUGGUGAUUUGAUUAAAGUUCUAUUCUUGCUCAAGGGUGCGUUUUGUUCUUGAAAAAAAAAAACCUAAAUUUAUAGUCGUUUAUGAGUCUUACAAGUUUAAUUGCAGUGAAUCUUUGUGUAGAUAACAAGUCAAGUUAUCAUCCCGGGUUGCUGAUGGAAUUCGGUUUAAUUGACGAGUGAAGUACAGAGUUCUCUGCAACUGCCUUGAUUUCUAAACUCAUGGAUAGAUUGGAUCUAUGGUCUCAGCUAAAGCCGGCGACUGAAAUCAGCGCAUUCAUGUAUUGAAAGGAAUAAAAUCUUAAAGAAAUGUCGCGAAUUGGCAUUAUCCCUCUGGGUUUUUUAUUUUUCUACGUCAUUGUUAAUUGCAUUCUUGCUGAUACUGAGGUAAAUACAACAAAUUCAAAUACUAGUUUUGAUCCGAGGAGUUCCCUGCCCUCGAACAACACAGAUAGCUCGGUUCCGAAAAAGAGUGGAUCUGAUUCCGUCAUUGAUUCUACAAAAACUGGGAAAGGACAGAAGGGUGAAGAACAGGAUGGUGAAUUACAAGGGAAAAACAGUAACGAUAAUACGACGGGCAAUUCGACAAAGCAAAUGGACUCAAAAGAUGGCCCUAAAACUGGAACAGAAGAGGAUGGUUCAAGCAAGGAAUCACAAGUAAAGGGGCAUGAUACGAAAGAGAAACCGAGUGGACAGCCACAGACCACAACAAAUUUGCCUAAAGACGAAAGCACCGACAGAGUUGCAGUCCCCUCAAAGCCAAAAAGGAAGGAAGGUUUUCGGGGUGAAGAAUGUGAUUCAUUGAUGAGCUGCACAGAUGCAAAGAAACAAUUAGUUGCCUGUUUAAGAGUUCCUGGAAAUGACUCUCCAGAUCUUUCACUUUUGAUACAGAAUAAGGGGAAAGACCUGCUUGCUGUAAAGAUUUCUGCUCCUGACUUUGUCCACCUGGAGAAAACCGUCGUUCAACUCCCAGGGAAACAAAACAGUAAGGUGAAAGUUGCCAUAGGGGAUGGAGGUAAUAACACAUUGAUCACUUUGACAGCUGUGAAUGGUGACUGCAUCCUUGACUUCCGGGACCUGGCCUCACAUAAUUUGGUGAGGAAAAUUGAUCAUUCCACCAUCGCCAAAUACACAACCCUUCUUACGCAAGCCCCCUCCGCCGUAUACAUAUCAGCUGCUGUAUUACUUCUACUACUAGCUUCAGCUUGCACAUUCAUCAGAUUCCGCCGGAGGCAUCGCCCUAGUGAUGGUUCCAAAUACCAGAAGUUGGAGACAGAGCUACCAGUUUCAGGUGGAGGGAAUACUGAGCCGGAAGUAACUGAUGGAUGGGAUAACAGUUGGGGCGACAAUUGGGAUGAUGAGGAGGCACCGGUCACAACAUCAAAACCUGUCACGCCAAGCGUUUCCUCCAAAGGUCUUGCUUCAAGACGGUUGAACAAAGAAGGGCGGAAUGAUUAAUCGACAUUGGAUUAGAUACACAACUAGAAACAGUUCAAGGAAGAGGCAAAUGCCUAUGUUUCUUCCUGAUCGGCUUUCGACUCUAUCAAUACACUAGUUUUUGGGAUGAUGCAUUCUACACAUUAUUCAAUAUUUGUCUGUGAAAUUAAUUAUCCAGAAACACAAAUGGAUGAAAGGGAGAGAAGAUAAAUGUAAAACAUUUUUUAAAUUAAAUUUUAUAGUUCACAUGAGAACA